CACCAAAUCGCCUUGACGCCUCCGCCGCCAUUCGCCGUUGAAAAAGUAAAUUCCUUAGGAAAGCGUGCAUUAAACCGGGAUAAAACUCAAGCAAAUAGCUGUAUAAAAUCGACAAAGUUAUAAUAAAUCAACCAUACUCAACAAACUGCAAUUAGAGGGUAAAAAGAAAAUUCACCAACCGGCAUUUCCCAGAGCGGCAGGGAAUUGCAUCAGUGUGCGGGUGUCAAAAAAAAAAGCGGAGCCAAAAAGCUUAAAUUUUGGGUGCUAAAAAAUAGGGCCUGAAGUUUACGGCAAGCUAACUUGGCUGCCGUCCACUCACCCACUUACAAAUAUAUAUAUAUACAAGCACGCACACAGCGACCCACACGCGCAAAAGCCGCUUCUGCUAACCGAAGAGGAAAAAACAGAGGAGAAAGCGGAAAAACCUUGAACGCGGAAAGCUAAAGGAGAGUAGAGCCAUGGCCGAGCCAAGGACACCAGAGAAGCUGCUGACCGCCAAGCCGCCGGUGUUUCACCACAACAGCCAUAGUCCCAAUGCCUCGCUGCAGCUGCCCAGUCCCAUUAUCACGCGGCGCACACGCACGGCCUCGACCUCCGCUCGGGCCUUGGAGAAUCCGGUUGUGACCGGCGUUGUGAAAUCCUUCAGCCGCACCAAAGGACACGGCUUCAUUACACCCCACGCCGGCGGAGAGGACGUUUUCUGCCAUGUUUCCGACAUCGAAGGUGAAUAUGUGCCCAUGCCCGGGGACGAGGUCAAAUAUCGCCUGUGCGCCAUUCCACCCAAGUACGAGAAACACCAGGCGGUGCACGUGCAGAUUAGCAACCUGACGCCCGAGGUGCACCACAAGUGGGAGGAGCCAUUCUUUAGCGGCUCCUCGCCGGCCAAGUAAAGCUUUUCCAGGAAAUGCGGGAGCGGAAAAGUGAGCUGUUAAAAGCCGAACGGCCUUCCAAGAAAAUUAAUUGAGCUAGAGCACGCCACCCGAGAUGAGCGAAAUGGAAACCCCAAACAGAACAAUAACCAUGAACGUAAAUAAAAGCAUAGCGAGCGAAGCAGCCAGGAAAAAGCCCGAAACCAGACAAGAACGGAAUAGUAUAGAAUAGAACAACAGGCCUGCCAUCCAGCCAGCCAGCGAGCAGCAUCAACAGAGUUUCAAUUGAACACUUAAUUAGAAUUUAAGCUAAGCUAUGAAAGUCAAACAAACACACAGUCACAAAUAUUGCCUUCUCCUCUGGAAGAGCGAAGAGCAACAGAAAACCAGUUUCGAGUGUAUUAUUUAAAACGUAUGUAUUUGGAAAUUGAAAUUUUAUUCGAGAAGCCAGUAGCGCUGCGCUGCGCCCAAAGAUGUGGAGCUUGUAUCAGUAAUUACUUUUAAUUAUAACGAAGCAUGUGAAUGUGUUCGCCAAGCAAAUUGCUCUCAGUACUUCAAUUUAUUAUUAAAACAAAAGCUGCAAAACAA